CAGCCUCUUCAAACACAUGGUACAAGUCUUCCUCAAAACUUUCCUCAUUUUCAUGCAAUGUUGUCCAUUUUUAAUGAUUCAUUGUGUGUUUGACUUUUGAAUUCUCCAUAAAACUGAUUCAUCACCUUCCGCUACCCCACCCACUCACCUCGUGUUCUGUUUCAUCAUUUUCUUGAUUUCACACAUGAUACACCAGCUAACAUCAUGAUUCUGAAUUUCUAAUACAUUAACUGUUCAUUCCAAUUUCAAAGUUUUUCCUCAAGUUCUUGCCAAUGGGCACCAUUAACAUUCAAGAAUCUCAAUCUCCUACUCCAAUCAAUAGCCCUUCUCCUUCAAUAUCCAACAAUGGAUUCCCAAUCCUAGCCAUUGCAGUAUUAUGCAUCACAGCAACAGCUUUCUUACUAAUCAGCUACUAUAUUUUGGCCACAAAGUGCUGCUUCAGAUGGCAACAGUUUGACCCUUUGCGGCGUUUUUCUUUUCGACGACAAACGAGGAACGAUGAUCCAUUGACAGCCUACUCUCCCUCGUGGCAAAGCCGAGGCCUCGAAGAGUUACUUAUUCGAGAAAUCCCCACUUUCCAGUAUAGUAAAAAUGCCGAAAAUGGGAUCCCGUCGAAAUGUGUGGUGUGUUUAAAUGAAUUCCAAGAACAUGAUAUACUUAAACUCCUUCCCAAAUGUAAUCAUGUUUUUCACUUAGACUGUGUUGAUAUAUGGCUUCAGAGCAAUGCAAAUUGUCCUCUAUGCAGAUCAGCCAUUUCAGGCAGAAAUCGAUACCGGCUUGACCGAAUCAUUGCACCAAAUUCUUCACCUCAAGAUCCACAACCCUUGAGCAUUGCGGGAAGUGAGGAAGAUUUUGUUGUGAUUGAACUUAGUAGACACCAAGAAAGAGGUGGUUCAAGCAGAAAUCUGGAUCCUUCAAGUACAACUCAUUCAUCAAGAAAGUUUGAUCAGAAGAUUGGCAAAUCAAAACCCAGAAAAUUUCAUCAUGUUUCAAUCAUGGGAGAUGAAGGCAUCGAUGUAAGAGAAAAAGAUGAUCAAUUUUUAAUACAGCCCAUCAGAAGAUCUUUCUCAAUGGAUUCCGCAGUGGAUCGACACGUUUAUUUGUCAGUUCAAGAAAUCAUGCAGCGAAAUGGACAGCUGUUUGAGGUAAGAAACAAUGAAGAAAGCAGUAGCAGAGGAUAUAAAUCAAUUUUUUCAUUUGGACACGCAAGAGGAUCAAGAAACUCUGUUCUUCCUAUUUGAAUUUUUUUUUUUCUUUUUUUGUUAUAUUAGAAAAAUCUUAA